AUGGACACAGCCACGAAUUUCUCACGUGGGUCAAAAAUGGAGCUGAUCCAACCCUAUGACUUCGAGAUGUCUCAGGACUUAAGGCCCUUUCUGGAGGAGUACUGGGUAAGUUCAUUUCUCAUAGUGCUGGUCUAUCUGCUGCUUAUCAUCGUCGGCCAAAGCUACAUGAGAACGCGGAAGGGCUUCAGCCUGCAGAGGCCGCUCAUCCUCUGGUCCUUCUUCCUGGCAAUAUUCAGUAUCCUGGGCACACUGAGGAUGUGGAAGUACAUGGGAACCGUGCUGUUUACAGCGGGACUCAAGGAAACUGUGUGCUUUUCCGACUACACUGAAGAUACCAUAGUCAAAUUCUGGUCCUGUGUCUUCCUUCUCAGCAAGAUUGUUGAACUCGGAGACACGGCCUUCAUCAUCCUGCGGAAGCGCCCCCUCAUCUUUGUCCACUGGUACCACCACAGCACAGUGCUGCUGUACACAAGCUUUGGAUACAAGAACAAAGUGCCCUCGGGCGGCUGGUUCAUGACCAUGAACUUGGGCGUCCAUUCCGUCAUGUACACCUACUACACAAUGAAAGCUGCCAAAGUGAAGCACCCCAACAUCCUGCCCAUGGUCAUCACCAGCUUGCAGAUCCUGCAGAUGGUUCUGGGGACCAUCUUCGGCAUACUGAAUUACAUCUGGAGGCAGGAGAGAGGAUGCCACACAACCGCGGAGCACUUCCUCUGGUCCUUUAUGCUCUACGGGACCUACUUCAUCCUAUUUGCUCACUUCUUCCAUCGAGCCUACCUCAGGCCCAAGGGCAAAGCUGAGUCCAAGAGCCAGUGA